AUGACAUUAGAAAAAAAGUGUGAGGAAACAUCAGCAAUUGGACAUAACAGCACACCUGAGACAUCUGCAAAUGGACAAAGCACUACACCUGGGACAUCUGAAAAUGGACAUAGCAGCACAUCUGAGCUAUCUGCUGAUAUAAAUAGAAGCACACCUGAGCUAUCUGCAGAUGAUGGACCUAGCAGAGCAACUGAUAUAUCCGCAAAUGGACAGAACAGCACAAGUGAUAUAUCCACAAUUGGUCAUAGCACCACACCCCAGAAAUUUGCAAAAGAACAUAGCAGCACACAUGAUACAUCUGCAAAUGAAAAAAGCAGCACACCUGAUCUAUCUGCUGAUCGAAAUAGAAGCACACUUGAUAUAUCUGCAAAUGAACAUAGCAGCACACCUGAAACAUCUGCAAAUGCAAAUAGCACUACACCUGGAAUAUCUGAAACUGGACAUAGCAGCACAUCUGAUAUACCUGCAUUUGAACAUAGCAGCACACCUGUUAUAUCUGUAAAUGGACAUAGCAGCACAGUUAAGACAUUUGAAAAUGAAGAUAGCAGCACACCUGAGAUAUCUGAAGAUGGAAAAAUAGGCACGCUUGAGACAUCUGCAAAUGGACAUAACAGCACACCUGAGAUAUCUGCAGAUAGAAAUAGAAGCAAAAUGAAGACAUCUGCAAAUGAACAUAGCAGCAUACCUGAACUAUCUGCCGAUGGAAAUAGCACCAAGACAUCUGCAAAUGGACAUAACAGCACACCUGAGAUAUCUGCAGAUAGAAAUAGAAGCAAAAUUGAGACAUCUAUAAAGAAAUGUACCAGGCUACGCAAGAGGUAG